UAUGCGUGACUGUUGUCCAUUAGUUACUAUAAUGGCGUCAUUGCUCCGGCGUAGUACGUUGUACUGCAGCCAGUCGAGACAAUUGCAAAAAAGUGCGGCUGCCAGUAGUGUUCCUAACUUUAAUUUGAACGCGGAGAGGAAAGCCUUCAAGGCUGUAUUGCCAGAAGUCCUAGACACUGUUGUAGGGGGACCUAAAUUAACUGGUUUGCCUGAUGUCAGAAGAUGGAUUAGGCAGUUAUUAGAAUACACAUUAUUUGGAGGAAAACUAGGCAGAGGACUCAUGGUUUCAGCUGGUUACCGAAUGUUUGAGGAGCCAUAUAACUACUCAGAAGAAAUGCAGCAUUCAGCUCGUAUUCUGGGGUGGUGUAUUGAAAUGUUGCAGACAUCAUAUCUGGUAGCGGAUGAUGUCAUUGACGGCGCAACAGUUCGGCGCGGCAAGCCCUGCUGGCACCUGCGACCAAAUGUCGGGAUAUCAGCUAUAAAGGACUUCGUACUUAUACAACAAUGCAUGAUGGAAAUGCUGGACACAGUUUUCGGGAACACGCCCAUUUAUUUGGACCUGUUACGAUAUUUUAAUGAGUCAAUGUACAGAACAGCACUGGGUGAACAUCUCGAUUGCUCGACUGCCUACAGCAAAGAAAAGAAUAACAUCGAUAUGUUACAUAUGGACCACGUAAAUGCUAUCGCUAUAAACAAAUUAGCCUACUAUUCCUUCAAAUUGCCGAUAUUUGUUGCCCUACUUUUAGUGAGGAAUGGAAAGGAGAAAGCUUCUCAAGAGCUGAUUAAUAUUUGCAUGAAUUUAGCCGGAUUGGUACAAUAUCAGGAUGAUUACAUGGACGCCUACGGCAAUGAAAUCGUCACUGGCAAAACUGGCAGAGACAUACAAGAAGGCAAAUGUUCCUGGGUAGCAGUAACAGCGCUGCAGCACUGCAACGACGCACAACGUUCCAUCUUCAAACAAUACUACGGCAGCAACGAUCCAGAGCACGUGAAGCGCAUCAAGCGGCUUUAUGAUGAAGUGCACCUGCCUCAGCUGUAUGAAGCGUGUGAACGAACCUCUCAUGAUGAUAUAGUGCGACAAAUACAAGCUAUUGAACAUGAAGGAGUGAGGCAUUUCCUAUUAGAAGUUUUGAAUGUUACAUAUAAACGAGUCUAUUAAAACUAUACAGCUUUUAUGUAGGUACCUAUACCUAUUACAUAUCGUGUUCUUCUCUGCUUUAUAGAUUUUUGGUACCUAAGAAUGUAUGGGCCCAAAAUGAUGAAUUUUGUUUGCAACAAUUUUGCAUAGUCCUUGAAAGUAUGCAGAAAAGUUUAGAGCUUCCGUUUGUUAAUAAAUUACGUUGGGUCGGAAACCCGGCCUAUGCUGUUGAAUUUCAUCCUAGAUAUUACAUAGAUAAAGCCUUAUCAAAAGCCCUUUGAGUACCAGCUCCAUUAAGAACGGUUACGAUAAGGUAAUCUAUUUGCGUGUCAAAUGGUCGAAAUCUGUUCUAAUCACAUUAGUCUAUGCCAGACUGUUGAUAGCUUUCGGUGAACCACUAUAAGCCAUGAGGUGAAAAAAUAGUUAGAAUAGUACAAGAAUAUAAAAUAAGUGAUCAUGAAGUUUAAUAGAAGUGACGAGAUUCUAAUCGGGUUAGAGGGAUCGCCGUUACUCUGGUACGCAGUUUCAGUCGGUGUUGUGCUAACCAUGUCCAUACUAACUCUCAUUUACGGACUCAUUUCGUGGAAAAUCAUCAGAAAAUUUCGGAACUUCAAAAACUUUAUGUGCCUAAAUGCAGUCUUAGUGAACAUUCUCCGGUUAACACUUACUUUCGUGUGCAUGAUAAUGCUUUACGUUAAUACGGACUUCUAUUCACGUAACGUUAUUUUCGUACGUAUUUAUUUUAGCUUCUUCCUUUACUUAACAAUGGCAUACAACCACUGGUUGCUGGUGAUGAAUUACAUAUUUUACGUCAAUGUCGUGAAAGUUUUCCAAAAUGAUAUUAAAAGAAAGUAUCUUAAAAGCUGGUUGUUUGGCUGGGUGCUGCCUUUUGUAAUAUUUUUAAUUUUAACUACGUUAUUCAUGACAGAAAGACGGGAAGGUGGCUGGCUCUUAGCUGCUUGCAACAUUUUGCCUUUUACUGUGAACUUGUUAAUUUUCGUUAAAGUAUUGUGGAACUUGGUUCUUGUUAGAAGCGUUGGUGUGAUGACUAAGAAAGAAAGACGGAUGGAGACUUGCCGUCGUCUGACUAUGGUUGUGGUAAUCUUUGCAUUGACGAGCGCAGUAAUGUUAAGUUCUAUGAUUUGGGUGAUGUUUAAAUUUGUAACUUUUUGGCGUGCUAUAUCGCUGGGUUUGCAAAUCGUUACGCUGGCCUUUUAUGUGCCUUACGUAAAGUCCAAUCGAGAAUUGUGGCGAGAAUAUUUAGCGAUUCGAUCUAGAAGGACUAUCUAGUGAUUACUAAAUGUCACAUUGUCUUCUAACUACCAUCUACUCUUUACUUAAUGCUACCUCCUUUGCAAGUCUAACUUUUGAACAAUAUAGGUACUUUAAUAGUUGAGUUUCCGAUAAAAAUAUUUUUGUUCAAAUUGUAGACUUUUGUACAGUUUACCACACUAAAUUAUUAUUGUAAAUAAGUGCACAUUAAUGUAGAAUACGCAACAAUAUCUUUUUAUUAAAAGUAUGUUUAUUAUAAGUAAGUGUUCUUGUGAUCAUUGUUUUUGAUAAUAUAAUUUAUAAUCUAA